GCUCACUUUUUGAAUCGCUGAGGCUGCUGCCGGCGAGGAAUGGCGGUGAGCGUGAGAGGAGUCGGCGCUUGAAGAGGCGGCACUUCCAGGGCGUUGUUUGAGAGUGCCAACGUAGAAGAGUACAAACAAUGGCUGACAAUACUGUGUCAACAUCCACUUCUGGGAGGACAAGCUUGGCCGACUCUUCCAUUUUUGAUUCUAAAGUUACUGAAACUUCUAAGGAAAACUUAUUUAUUGGAUCCACUUCAUAUGUUGAAGAAGAAAUGCCUCAAGUUGAAACAAGAGUGAUAUUAGUUCAAGAAGCUGGAAAACAAGAAGAACUUUUAAGAGCAUUAAAGACUAUUAAAAUAAUGGAAGUCCCUGUUAUAAAGAUAAAAGAAAGUUGUCCUGGAAAAUCGGAUGAAAAAUUAAUAAAAAGUAUUGUUAAUAUGGAAAUUAAAGUGCCUUUUGUAAAGAUGGCAUCAGUGGAAGAAUUUGACAGUUUGGAUUCUCCAGAAUUUGAAAAUGUAUUUGUAGUCGUGAACUUCCAGGAUGCUGUCUUUAAUGAAUUAUACAAGACUGAUUGUAGAGUUAUUGGACCACCAGUUGUAUUAAACUGUGCACGGAAAGAAGAGCCUUUGCCGUUUUCAUGUCGCCCACUCUAUUGUACAAGCAUGAUGAAUCUAGUACUGUGCUUUACUGGAUUCAGGAAGAAAGAAGAACUGGUCAAAUUAGUGACAUUGGUCCAUCACAUGGGUGGCGUUAUUCGAAGAGACUUUAAUUCAAAAAUUACACAUUUGGUGGCAAAUUGUACACAAGGAGAAAAAUUCAGGAUUGCUGUGAGCCUGGGUACUCCAAUUAUGAAGCCAGAAUGGAUUUAUAAAGCUUGGGAAAGACGAAAUGAACAGGAUUUCUGUGCAUCAGUUGAUGACUUUAGAAAUGAAUUUAAAGUUCCUCCAUUUCAAGAUUGCAUUUUAAGUUUCCUUGGAUUUUCAGAUGAAGAGAAAACGAAUAUGGAAGAAAUGACUGAAAUGCAAGGAGGUAACUAUUUACCAGUUGGAGAUGAAAGAUGCACUCACCUUAUAGUUGAAGAGAAUAUAGUAAAAGAACUUCCAUUUGAACCUUCAAAGAAGCUUUAUGUUGUCAAGCAAGAGUGGUUCUGGGGAAGCAUUCAAAUGGAUGCCCGAGCUGGAGAAACUAUGUAUUUAUAUGAAAAGGCUAAUACACCUGAGCUCAAGAAAUCAGUGUCACUGCUUUCUCUAAAUACCCCAAACAGCAAUCGCAAAAGACGUCGUUUAAAAGAGACACUUGCUCAGCUUUCAAGAGAGACAGACAUGUCACCUUUCCCUCCCCGUAAGCGCCCAUCAGCUGAACAUUCCCUUUCUAUAGGCUCACUCCUAGAUAUCUCCAACACACCAGAGUCUAGCAUUAACUGUGGAGAAACACCAAAGUCUUGUACUAAGUCUUCUAAAAAUUCCACUCCGGUUCCUUCAAAGCAGUCAGCCAGGUGGCAAGUUGCAAAGGAGCUCUAUCAGACUGAAAGUAAUUAUGUAAAUAUAUUGGCCACAAUUAUUCAGUUAUUUCAGGUACCACUGGAAGAGGAAGGACAACGUGGUGGGCCUAUCCUUGCACCAGAAGAGAUUAAGACUAUUUUUGGUAGUAUCCCAGAUAUCUUCGAUGUGCACACUAAGAUAAAGGAUGAUCUUGAAGACCUUAUUGUUAAUUGGGAUGAGAGCAAAAGCAUUGGUGACAUCUUUCUUAAAUAUUCAAAAGAUUUGGUAAAAACCUAUCCUCCCUUUGUAAACUUCUUUGAAAUGAGCAAGGAAACAAUUAUUAAAUGUGAAAAACAGAAACCCAGAUUUCAUGCUUUUCUGAAGAUAAACCAAGCUAAACCAGAAUGUGGACGGCAAAGCCUUGUUGAACUUCUCAUCCGACCAGUACAGAGGUUACCCAGUGUUGCGUUACUUUUAAAUGAUCUUAAGAAGCAUACAGCUGAAGAGAAUCCUGACAAAAGCACUCUAGAAAAAGCCAUUGGAUCACUAAAGGAAGUAAUGACGCAUAUUAAUGAAGAUAAGAGAAAAACUGAAGCUCAAAAGCAAAUUUUUGAUGUUGUCUAUGAAGUAGAUGGAUGCCCAGCUAAUCUUUUAUCUUCUCACCGAAGCUUAGUCCAACGAGUUGAAACAAUUUCUCUAGGUGAGCACCCCUGUGACAGAGGAGAACAAGUAACUCUCUUCCUCUUCAAUGACUGCCUGGAGAUAGCAAGAAAACGGCACAAGGUUAUUGGCCCUUUUAGGAGUCCUCAUGGCCAUACCCGACCCCCAGCUUCUCUUAAGCAUAUUCAUCUAAUGCCUCUUUCUCAAAUUAAGAAGGUGCUGGACAUAAGAGAGACAGAAGAUUGUCAUAAUGCUUUUGCCUUACUUGUGAGGCCACCAACAGAGCAGGCAAAUGUGCUGCUCAGUUUCCAGAUGACAUCGGAGGAACUUCCAAAAGAAAACUGGUUAAAGAUGCUAUGUCGACAUGUAGCCAACACCAUUUGUAAAGCAGAUGCUGAGAACCUUAUUUACACUGCUGAUCCAGAAUCCUUUGAAGUAAAUACAAAAGAUAUGGACAGUACAUUGAGUAGAGCAUCUAGAGCAAUAAAAAAGACUUCAAAAAAGGUUACAAGAGCAUUCUCUUUCUCCAAAACUCCAAAAAGAGCUCUACGCAGGGCCCUUAUGGCGUCUCAAAGCUCAGUGGAGGGAAGAAGUCCUCCCAGCAGUGACAAGCAUGUAAUGAGUCGUCUGUCUAGCACAUCAUCAUUAGCAAUUACCCAUUCUGUUUCCACAAGCAAUGUAAUUGGAUUUGCUAAGCUUCUUUUUGUUCAGCGCUCAAACUCUACUGGUGGGCGCUCUCAGAAUUCCUGGUUUCGAUCUAUACGUCAUUCUGCCUCACGAGCUAGUUUUUCAGAGAUACUAGAAGAAAAUACUUUUCCAAAUUUCAAAAAAGUUCUAUCCAAGUCAUCUUUGACAUUUGUGAAGAAUUAGGAGAUAUGCCAACCAGUAAUGGAAACAAGCCUCGUGAAGUUUAAUGGUAUCCCAUCUCCCUCCCUUGUCAGCCUUCCUUCCUUUUUUGAAAGGAGAAGUCAUACUUUAAGU